CCCCUCUCUCUUUCCUCUCCUCCCCCCCUCUCCGCCCCCUCUCCCGCCUCUGACCCACUGCGCACGCGCGUAGCCCGCGUUUUUUUCCCCAGUCGCCGGUAGAUGUCUUCCUCUUCCAGAAGAUGCGCUCAGCCCCCUCCGCGUCUUCUCCAUUCCGGAUCGAUACCGCGAAAGCGGUAAGUGGGGGGGGGUCGCUGACCGGAAAUGGCCGCGUGACGUCGCCGGCUCGCGGCACGUGCCGGUUGCUAGGCGAUGAGAGGUAAACAAAGGCGGUCGCCAAGGUGACGGCCCAGCUGCUGCUGCGGGAAGAUGGAGGGGCUGAGAGAAGGCGGCAUCGCGGGGAUGGCACCGGCACGGGAGCGAGCCACGGACGAGACCUCUACGCAAGGGGAAUCGCACGAAGCCGAAGGAUUAUCCGGUCAUCGAGACCUCGCAGAAGAUGCCCCCGGUCACCUGGUUCACGCACAGGAGGUGUCCACUAUCGAAGACCAAGCUGAAGGCAUCUCACAUCUUCAAGAUGAGACUGACGUGUCUCAGCACACAGGUGAAACCGACACGCCUCAAAUGCAACAUCAGACGGACAUUCCUCAUCGAGAUCAAUCAAAAGACACCACCGAUUUUCCAGGAGACACAUCCGACCUUCGGGAGCAAUCAAAAUACACCACCAGCAGUCGAGGGCAAGAGGAAGACACCGCCGAUCUUCAGGAUCAAGCACAAGACGCCACCAACCUCACAGUCCGGGAGGACACCGCCCCGGGACACUCACGUCCGUCACAAGACUCCGCACCUUCGUUCGAACGCCAGACGCCGCUGGCGAGUCCUCUGGGAGGGCGUCUGCACAUUCCGCUCCCGAGCGACCCUCUCGCCCGCGACUGGAGCGGCACGGACCCUGCUGCUCCACCCCACAACCUCUACCUGCUGCACAACCUGCUGCCCACACUCGUGCCCGCCAUGGAGCAGCUACUGGUGGAGGCUGAGCGCAGGGGUCUGACGGGGAAACCCUCCCAGGACCCUCGCGAGCCGGGCUCCGCAGCCCUCCUCCUGGACCGGGGGUCCCAGUCCGAGGCAGGAGGCGACGUGGAGUUCCUCGGGGGCGGCCCUGGGGACUCCGACCACGUCCCGGCUCGGGCCGCGCUCAGGGACGCGGCGUGGGGGGAAGACAGCGGGCCCCUGGCUCGCUUCAACCCCGCUGACCAGCUGGCGCGGCAGCUGAUGCGGGACAACCCGCGCUGGAAUCACGGAGGUGCCCCAGACUCGCCCUACCUGCGGGGGCUCGCCCAGGCCGCCGGGGUCGACGUUGGGAGGCCUGGGCCGCAGGGUUUACAGUGACCGCCCGUUGACAUGGAGGCGACACGCGCGACACGCGCCCCAUUUGCCGGUCCACGCGCCCAAUUUGCCGGUCCACGCGCCCCAUUUGCCGGUCCACGCGCGUGGGACGCGUUUGUUGUUCGAGUCUAUUAUUUAGCAGACCUCCAGAAUUUCAAUCGGUCCGCUUGGCUUUUCGUUCAAUAUUAAUCCAGCGGCAUUGUACUUAAGCGAGCAUUUUCUUGACCGGCUAAGGCUUUCUGGGUCUCAUCAAUUUACACAGUACCCAUGAUCUGCAACGACGCAUAAUGAGAUUGUAUACUUUAUUAUAUAGUGUUUUGCAGUAAGAAAAUAGUCUGAAUACAUAAGAUGUUACGCCAGUGGGAAAGGUAACGCGCAGGCCGCCCGUGUAUAGGGAGGGUCUUGGCCCCCCAAUGAGAGCAGUGGGGAUCGUGGGGGUCUCCAGCCCCCGGGGUCCCGAAUUCACUUCCCACCACAGCGUCUGUGAUGAGGAAGGAACUCUAGAGGAAUUAAACAAUUUGUCAUCUGGCUCACCGGGGGGAUGUGAGUGAUAAUCAAACACGCAUUUUGUUUAACCAGGAAGGCCCAAUUGAGUUCUCGAGAUUAUUUUUGUCAAAAUAUUUGAAGUUUUCAAGUUUACAGUAUUUUGAUUCACCAGGUGAGAAUGCAAUAGGCCAGGAUAGUCUCGCUUGCAAUAGAAACGGGAAGCAUCAGUCUGCCAGUAAGGGGCAAUGAUUUGCUGGGUAUAAUUCCAAUUGAGAAAUGUGCGGUGCAAUUUUCUAAAUUUAGAAAAUGUGGAGAGAGUCCUGCAUUGGGAUGUUCGGUCGAUUCCAUGCAAUAGAGUUUGGUUUCGUUUGGGAGGAAACUGAAGAUCCCAGAAGAAGACUGGUGGAUUCAGGAAUCUAUUGUGCUGCUCUUACCAUCUCGCGGCCCAAGUCUACGGCCCUCGUGUUUCCAAGUCACCCAUCCAAGUACGGUACUAACCAGGCUCAAAGUAGCUUCGCUUUCCAGGCAGUCACCCAUCCCAGAUGUAUUGUUGUCUAUAACAGUUCCCGUACCCCGGUCAUACAUUUCGUAGCGGCCUCUUGUGGCUGGACGUGGCACCUGAACCCAUUACACACAACGUAUACUAAUAAAAUAAAAUGUUCUGA